CAGUGGGGUGAGGCCUGGUUGGGGCAGGGAGCAUGCAGCGCAAGGGGUCCCAGCAGCCAGGAGAGGAGCAGAGCUGGUGGGGGAGUGCACCCCAAUACCAGUACCUGCCCUUUGAGCACUGCACCAGCUACGGACUGCCCUUAAAAAACCGGGGGUUCCAGCACAGGCUGCGGAGGGACGCAGGCCCCCGUCCCAACACCCACCCAACACAGAUUUAUGGACGGAACAGAGAACAGUUCUCGGACAAGGAGAGGGAUGCAGGGCCGCCCCCUAAGACAGGCUCCCUCAGCAGCCUGGACAGCAAAGAUGAGGACCACUACUCUAAAUGUCAAGACUGUAUCCGACGGCUGGAACGUGUGGUACGAAGGAAAUUAGGGGAAGACUGGAUCUUCCUGGUGCUUCUGGGACUUCUUAUGGCGCUGGUGAGCUGGUGCAUGGAUUACGUCAGUGCCAAAACGCUCCAGGCCUACAAGUGGACCUACUACCAGAUGCAUCCCAACCUGCCCCUGCAGUUCCUGGCCUGGGUCACCUUCCCUCUUGUCCUCAUCCUCUUCAGCACCCUCUUUUGCCAACUCAUCUCUCCCCAGGCUGUUGGUUCCGGGAUCCCUGAAAUGAAGACAAUCCUCCGUGGGGUGGUCCUGAAGGAAUAUCUCACCCUCAAGGCCUUUGUGGCCAAGGUGGUGGCGCUGACGGCCGGGCUGGGCAGCGGCAUCCCGGUGGGGAAGGAGGGCCCUUUUGUCCACAUUGCCAGCAUCUGUGCCGCUGUCCUCAGCAAGUUCAUGUCGGUGUUCUGUGGGGCGUAUGAGCAGCCCUACUAUUACACCGACACUCUGACGGUGGGCUGUGCCGUGGGCGUUGGCUGUUGCUUUGGAACACCACUCGGAGGUGUGCUCUUCAGCAUCGAGGUCACAUCCACCUACUUUGCGGUGCGCAACUACUGGCGGGGCUUCUUCGCCGCCACCUUCAGUGCCUUCGUGUUCCGGGUGCUCGCGGUGUGGAACAAGGACGCGGUCACCAUCACAGCUCUCUUCAGAACCAAUUUCCGAAUGGAUUUCCCCUUUGACCUGCAGGAGCUUCCAGCUUUUGCUGUCAUCGGGGUCUGCUGUGGGUUCCUGGGAGCCCUCUUUGUUUAUCUGCAUCGCCAAGUCAUGCUGGGAGUCCGAAAGCACAAGGCCCUCAGCCAGCUUCUGGCUAAGCACCGCCUACUGUAUCCUGGAAUUGUUACCUUUGUCAUCGCCUCCUGUACCUUCCCUCCAGGAAUGGGUCAAUUCAUGGCUGGAGAGCUCAUGCCACGGGAAGCCAUCAGCACCCUGUUUGACAACAACACCUGGGUGAAACACUCAGGUGACCCAGAGAGCCUGGGCCAGUCGGCGGUGUGGAUCCACCCACAGGUCAAUGUCGUCAUCAUCAUCCUCCUCUUUUUUCUCAUGAAGUUCUGGAUGUCCAUCGUGGCCACCACCAUGCCCAUCCCCUGUGGGGGCUUCAUGCCUGUGUUUGUAUUAGGAGCUGCAUUUGGAAGGCUGGUGGGAGAGGUCAUGGCCAUGAUAUUCCCCGAUGGAAUCUUAUUUGAUGGCUUCCUCUACAAGAUCCUACCUGGGGGCUAUGCAGUAAUUGGAGCAGCGGCUCUGACUGGCGCGGUGUCCCACACGGUCUCCACGGCUGUGAUCUGCUUCGAAUUAACGGGCCAGAUUGCUCACAUCCUCCCCAUGAUGGUGGCUGUGAUCUUGGCCAACAUGGUGGCUCAGAGCCUGCAGCCCUCCCUCUAUGACAGCAUCAUCCAGGUCAAGAAGCUCCCCUACUUGCCUGACCUUGGUUGGAACCAGCUCAGCAAAUUUACCAUCUUUGUUGAGGACAUCAUGGUGCGUGAUGUGAAGUUUGUUUCAGCUUCUUGCACUUACGGGGAGUUACAGGCUCUGUUGCAGAGCACUACAGUCAAGACAUUGCCACUGGUGGACUCCAAAGAUUCCAUGACCCUGCUGGGCGCGGUGGAGCGCUCAGAGCUACAGGCCCUGUUGCUGCGUCACCUGAGUCCCGAACGGAGGCUGCGGGCCGCCCAGGACCUGGCGCGCAAGCUGUCGGAGCUGCCCUUCGACGGGCAGGUGCGGCUGCUGAGGAACAGGGCCCCGGGCCUGGACUCCCAAGGACGCCCGGAGUCCUUCGCCUUUGUGGAUGAGGAUGAAGACGAUGAGCUCUAUGGGAAGCCCGAGCUGCCUCCUCUUCCUUCUCCUCCUCUUCUUCCCCACUUCCCCACUGCUCCAGUGUCCCCCGAAGAAGCCAACGGACCCCCGCCGAACCACAAAGAGCCAGAGGCCCCUGAACCUGCAGGUCAAAGACCCUCUGUCUUCCGGUCUCUGCUGCGCUGUUUUCUGGGCAGAGCUCACCCAGCUAAGAAGGCACCUCAGGAAUUGACGAGCUUUGUGGAUAACAUGUCACCUGAAGAUAUCGAGGCAUGGGAGCAGGAGCAGCUGAGCCAACCUGUCUGUUUCGAUUGCUGCUGCAUUGAUCAGUCACCCUUCCAGCUGGUGGAACAGACGUCCCUCCACAAGACACACACGCUGUUCUCGCUCCUGGGCCUCCACCUGGCUUACGUCACCAGCAUGGGCAAGCUUAGGGGCGUGCUGGCCUUGGCGGAGCUGCAGAAGGCCAUCGAGGGCCACACCAAAUCUGGGGUACAGCUUCAGCCGCCUCUGGCCAGCUUCCGGAAUACCACGUCAAUUCGCAAGAAUCCGGGGGGCCCUCCUCCUCCCCCAGAGCCCUGGAACCUGCCUGGAGGUGGCAGUGAGGCCUUGGGAGGAGCUGAGGACGUGGCUGCUUCUUCCCCAGAGUCCCCAGUGCCACCGCCCUCCCCAGAGCUCCCUCUGUCCCUGGCACCCAGCAAGGCGGAGGCUGAGCUAGAGGAGCUGGAGCUGGUGGAGGGCCCGGGGCCUGAGGAGGAGCUGGCCGACAUCUUGCAGGGCCCCAGCCUGCGGUCCACAGACGAGGAGGAUGAGGAGGAGCUUAUCCUUUGACGCCCACCUCCCUGAGGACCCCGGAGGGACUGUCCAGGGGCCAGGGGCAGCGGCUGAAUGUGUGGGGGACAGGGCCUGAGGCUGGAUGGUCACCCUCCCCCCCCCGAAUCCUGGCCCCUGCUGGGAAUUAGGGUAGUUAGAACACUGGGGUGUGGAUAACCUCAACCUCACUUAACAGUCUGCUGCCCUGUGCAGGGCCCCUGUUAGUUCCAAGCAUGCUCGGGGCUUGUGUGGUGUGUGAAUGGGGAGCAGCCUGCUUCUCUGGCUCCCCUCACCAGCACCCCAAGCCUCUUGUCCCUGUGCUGGUCUGGUCCAGCCCUUCUGUGACUCAGUUUCCCUCAGUGAGUGAGGGAAGAGAAGACCAGCCCACUGUAGGCACCACUGGAAGGGGACAAGAACACACUUUACCCCUUGUAGACUGAAGGACCCAGGGGUCUCCACAAACCCUUCAUGGCUCCUCUUUCUCCUACCCUCAUGGCCAAGGCCCACCAUAUUACCCCACCUCCACCCUGGAGUUAAGUUGCUGUCCAAUCCAUUGGUCCCUCUGCACCCCAGCUCCUACGGGCUGUUUUUUUUCCCCACA